AGCUGUCCCUGUGUAUUGCCGCAGCAACAAUUACAUUUCUGAACUAUUAUUAACUUGAAUCAAUUACAUGCUUUUCAGAAAUAUCGUUUAACAUAUUUGAAAUUACGCUUUGUUUCACAAGGAUCGACUGUUUACGUUUCAAAUCAACUUUCAUUUAAAUUCCCGACAGGCGUAUAUUUGGACGCAUGAACGGGGAAGUAGGAGUGACACUUCUGCCACAUUUACAAGCGGAGGAUAUUGCUUGAAAACAUUUAUCAAGACAGCUGUAUAUAGCCCUCACCAUGAUUCACAGCUUGUUCCUGAUAAACAAUGGUGGAGAUUUAUUCCUGGAGAAACACUGGAAGAGUGUCAUAAGCCGCUCUGUCUGCGAUUAUUUUUUCGAAGCACGAGAAAAAGCGGUGGAACCUGACAAUGUACCUCCUGUCAUCCGCACCCCUCACCACUAUCUCAUAAACAUCUACCGUGAGAAGAUCUUCUUUGUUUCUGUCAUCCAAACUGAAGUGCCUCCUCUUUUUGUUAUAGAAUUUUUGCAUCGAAUCGCAGAGACAUUUCAGGAUUAUUUUGGAGAAUGUUCUGAGACCAUUAUCAAGGACAAUGUGGUCAUAGUCUAUGAGCUCUUGGAGGAAAUGUUGGAUAACGGCUUCCCCCUCGCCACAGAAUCCAACAUCUUGAAGGAACUUAUCAGACCUCCCACAAUUCUGCGGUCGAUGGUCAACACCAUCACAGGCAGCAGUAAUGUUGGUGAGACCCUCCCUACUGGUCAACUCUCAACUAUCCCAUGGAGAAGAGCAGGUGUUAAAUAUACCAAUAAUGAAGCUUAUUUUGAUGUGGUGGAAGAAAUCGAUGCCAUCCUGGAUAAGUCCGGAACUACAGUUUUUGCAGAAAUCCAGGGAGUUAUUGACGCUUGUGUCAAACUGUCUGGAAUGCCUGACCUUACUCUCUCAUUUAUGAACCCCAGACUCCUGGACGACGUGAGCUUUCAUCCCUGUGUCCGUUUUAAAAGAUGGGAAAGUGAGAGAGUUAUCUCCUUCAUUCCCCCCGAUGGAAACUUUCAGCUCAUGUCAUAUCACAUCAGUGCGCAGAACCUUGUAGCAAUCCCGGUAUAUGUGAAGCAGAACAUCAGUUUCUUUGAGACUGGAUCUUCAGGAAGACUGGACAUCACUGUGGGUCCUAAGCAGACCAUGGGGAAGACUGUGGAGUGUUUGCUAGUGACUGUACACAUGCCCAAAGUGGUUCUCAGUGCCAACCUCAAUGCGACUCAGGGAACCUACAACUAUGACCCAGUCACGAAGAUUUUGUUGUGGGAUAUAGGGAAACUAAAUCCCCAGAAGCUUCCCAAUCUGAAAGGAAGUCUAAGUCUGCAGUCUGGAGCUCCUAAACCAGAGGAGAACCCAAGUCUGAACAUUGACCUGAAAAUCCAGCAGUUGGCCAUCUCAGGAUUGAAAGUGAAUCGUCUAGACAUGUACGGAGAGAAAUAUAAACCAUUCAAGGGUGUGAAAUAUGUAACCAAAGCUGGGAAGUUCCAGGUCAGGACAUAAGGCCGUCUGCAGAGUAUCACAAUGAUAUGCCAAAAGUUUAACAGAGGUGCCAUUUUCUAAGUGACAAAUCAUACAGAAUUACAACUGUGCACAAUCUCUCUUAUUUCUUUAUAACAUUGAAGUUACAUUUAUUAUUGUAAUAUUUAUCUUUCUUUGUUUUGUGGGAAGUAACUGGCAAUUUGCAAGAAGUGAACAUCUUUCCACUGCAGAGAAUUGGGAGAUUUUUUUGCUUUAUGAACCUUUAUCUUCAUAUCAUUAACAUUCCAUUAAUGUAUUAAAACUGUAUAAUGUUGGAUUUAAGGUACAGGUACUUGGUUUUGUGCCAUCAAAAACAAGGAUUCUUCUUGUUACAGUAACACUGCAUUCACAUGUUGUUUUUAGCACAGAAACCAUCGGUUUUAGGUAGUGGAAUUUGAGAAUAAGUGAUACAAGCUAUUUCCUAAUCACAUUACUGCGCUUACAAUCUUUGAUAUUGGUGCAAACAAUACCUGAGAGUUUCUGCACAUAUACACACAGGCCUUAUUUUACAUAAAGAUUACAUGCCAAGUAAUUUCUUUUAGACCAGUGGCUUUUGAAUGGAAAAAAAAUGGCAUUUCUUUAAAAGCACAGGACAUAUUUACAAUAAUGCUCUACUUCUCUACUACACAAGCACAUCACUGCUUAGAGGUGAAUGGCUCUUGUACCUGCUAACAUUUAAAGUUUGCCAAAUACAAGCACUAUGGGGCCAUUGUGAGCACACGUUAUAAAAUCUGUUCUGUUGCACUGACCUGCAGUGACACUAGAUAUGCAGGUCUGCCACCUUAAUGUAGCUUUGAGGAUUUGCACACAAUUGCAUUAUUUUAUAAAAUGUCAAGGGAACUGCUUAACUGCAUUUUAAGCUAUGUAUUUAAAUCAAAAGCCUUCUGAUUUAUAAAGUUUCCAAACAAAAUGAGGUAUUUUUUGCGUGUCUGACUAAUAAUUGUUGGUUUUAGCUUCAUGUGAAUAUGCUUGAAAGUAUUAACAAUGAAUGUCUAAGAAGA